AUGGGGGCGGAGGUGGAGGUGGAGGUAGAGUACAUGUCGGAGAAGGCCGAUAAGAAGAAGGAUGGAGGCCUGUCCAAUAAGAAGAAGCUAGAGUGCAGGAUGAAGAUUGCAGACCUCAAACAGAUAUGCAUCAGACCUGACGUUGUAGAGGUGCACUCUCCAUUCCAAUCAAGUGACCCCGCGAAAGUUGAAGAUCCAUUUCAAAAAGGCAAUAGAGAGGGCUGGAUAUAA